AUGAAACUGCGUUCACAUGAAAUCCUCUCGUCAGGUAAAAAACCAAUUCAAUCAUCGCAUCCUUCUCGUUUUAAACAAUUAUUUCAACGAAAAAAUGUAUUCAAAAAAAAAUUUCAACAGCAAUCACAUCAACAUCAUGGCCUAGUGCAUACUAUUCCAGAUUAUGUACGAAAAAGUAUUUUUCGUUUUUUACUUGAAGUUAAACAUCCACAUCCAACUCCUCCUUCGCCGCCACCUUCCCCACCCCCACGACCAAUCCGACAACCACCAUUGAUGGGUAUUCAAGCAUUGAAAAAUAAAAAACAACAUUUACAUAACCAACCAAAACGUUCAUUACGAAUAAAACAACAACAAACUGUUACUGACAAUGAUAAAUCUUUCGAAGAUUAUCAACAGCAAGAACAACAACAACAACAACAACAACAACAGAAUAACUACGAUAUGACUAUUUUACAUAUGCCAAUGGAUGACGAUGAUACAGAUGAUGACGAAGAUGAUUUCAUAUUUGCAACAAAAACAAGUACCAAUCAAAAGAAACCAAUCCCAGAAUGGGCACGAAGAAAUGAAUUGCAAAUUGCUAUAUGUAAUCAAAUCUAUUUUCAUCGAAAUCCAAGUGAAAUAUUUGGAAAUUCAAUGGAUUGUUCACCAGCACAUUUACGCACAAUAUUGCAUUCAAUGUUACCUAAUGUUGAAUUAUUGGAUGAUAAUCUACAUUAA